GAUGAUACACAUCUCUUUAUAUCGUCUGAUAUUAUUGAAACAUUACAGGAAAGGAUCGAUGAUCUGAUGGACAAAUUGUCUUUUCCUUUGGCUGAGAAGUAAAUUUUACUUCAAUUCUCGUCUAGAACAUUCGUGAAUGAUGGCAAUGGAAGUUGGAGAAAGUCAUACCACAGAAAAAAUAUUGCUACCUUGGAAGUGGCACCACUUGAAGAGACGAAUGCUGGCAGGAUGUGAGUUAUUUGCUCAAGGAGAUGAAGCCCUUUGCUCUGUUAGAAAAUUUAUCCCUUUGGAUAAUGACCCAGCAUCAGAUGAGGGUUUGCUUAUAUCAGAUUUAACGAAAGAGGCAUUUCCAUGUUGUGUGUUUGGCUGCAGCUAUAUGUGUUCAUCAUUGUUAAGCUAUGAGAACCACUACAACAGUCUACAUCGUCAUGCCUGCACUUCUUGUCGGUGUGUUUUUCCAUCAGCACUACUGCUAGAUAUACAUAUUCAAGAAAACCAUGAUCCUCUCUUUGCCAUUUUAGCCACCAGACAGAACUUUAUGUAUCGUUGCCUGGUUGAGAGUUGUGCUGAAAAAUACUCUGCCAAAGAGCGUCAUGACCAUCUUGUGAGGAUCCACAAAUAUCCAACAAACUUCCGCUUUCACAGAGACAAGCGUCAGGGUAAAAGGCCUGACUUUUCUAAUAAGGAGUAA